GGCGCUGCAGCCCGAGGCCGCGACGCGGGAGUCCCGGGCCGCCUCCGCCGCAUUGUCCCGGGCCGCGAGACCCGGGCCUGAGCUGCGCCGCCGCAGCGCCCGCCCUCCGCCCACCGUCGGGCCAUGCGGAGAGCCGCGGGGAUGGAGGACUACUCCGCAGAGGACGAGGAGCCCUGGUACGACCAGCAGGACCUGGAGCAGGACUUGCACCUGGCUGCAGAGCUAGGGAAGACUCUGCUGGAGAGGAACAAGGAGCUGGAGGAGUCACUGCAGCAGAUGUAUUCCACCAACGAGGAACAAGUACAGGAGAUCGAGUACUUGACCAAACAGCUGGACACGCUGCGACACGUGAAUGAACAGCAUGCCAAAGUGUAUGAGCAGCUGGACCUGACGGCCAGAGACCUGGAGCUGACCAACCAGAGGCUAGUGUUGGAGAGUAAGGCUGCCCAGCAGAAGAUCCAUGGGCUGACAGAGACCAUUGAACGCCUACAGUCCCAGGUUGAGGAGCUGCAGGCCCAGGUGGAGCAACUUCGAAGCCUGGAGCAGCUCCGGGUUCGACGGGAGAAGCGGGAGCGAAGGAGAACCAUUCAUACCUUUCCCUGCCUCAAGGAACUAUGCACCAGUGCCCGCAGGUGCGAGGACGCCUUUCGCCUGCACAGUUCCUCGCUGGAGCUAGGCCCUCGGCCCCUGGAGCAGGAAAACGAACGGCUGCAGACCUUGGUGGGCGUGCUGCGGUCCCAGGUGAGCCAGGAGCGGCAGCGCAAGGAGCGCGCCGAGCGCGAGUACACGGCGGUGCUGCAGGAGUACACGGAGCUGGAGCGUCAGCUGUGCGACAUGGAGGGCUGCCGCCUGCGCGUGCAGGAGCUGGAGGCCGAGCUGCUGGAGCUGCAGCAGAUGAAGCAGGCCAAGACCUACCUGCUGGCCCGGGAUGAGCACCUGGCCGAGGCCCUGCUGGCGCCCCUCACCCAGGCCCCCGAGGCCGACGACCCCCAGCCUGGCAGCGGGCACGACUCCAGUGCCCAGGAUGGCGUCUCCUCCCCGGCAGCCUCCCCGAGCCACGCAGUGCGUAAGAGCUGCAGUGACACAGCGCUCAACGCCAUCGUGGCCAAAGACCCGGCCAGUCGCCAUGCGGGCAACCUCACCCUGCACGCCAAUAGUGUGCGCAGGCGCGGUAUGUCCAUCCUGAGAGAGGUGGAUGAGCAAUACCACGCGCUCCUGGAGAAAUACGAAGAGCUGCUGAGCAAGUGUAGGCAGCACGGUGCCGGGGUGCGGCAUGCGGGCGUGCAGACGUCACGGCCCAUCUCCCGGGACAGCUCGUGGAGGGACCUGCCGCGGGGUGAGGAGGGCCAGGGAGAGGGGAAGGCGGGUGAGAAGAGCCUGAGCCAGCACGUGGAGGCUGUGGAUAAGCGGCUGGAGCAGAGCCAGCCCGAGUACAAGGCCCUCUUCAAAGAGAUCUUCGCUAGGAUCCAGAAGACCAAGGCCGACAUCAACGCCACCAAAGUCAAGACACACAGUAGCAAGUGACCCCUCUCCAGGUCUGCAGCCUCUCCUUGGCUCCACACUGGGAGUCAAGCCUGGACCGCAGCCUCCAGCAAGUAAGAGAGCCCUUUUAGCAGCAAUUUAUCAUAGCAGGUGGUGGAGGUUGAACAGCAUAUUUUCUGCUGAUGGCUGGGCCCAAAGCCCAACACCCUCUUCUGUCCCCAAGGGCUUCCUAGCUCCCCCAAUGCUUGGCUUCUGAACCCAGAGCCUCACCCUCAGAUUGUGGCCAGGCUUCUAGAAUCUGUUCUGGCUUAGCUUCAUUUUUUAAAUUUUCUUUCAAAGUUGUUUUUCUGAGAUAUUUGCAAUGCAAGGUCUCCUGGACCCUUGCCACAACUGGAAACACUUGAAAGGUAAUCCCAGAGCCAGCUGCUGCUGGUUUCUGGGGUCUCCUAGACCAUCCACUGCUUCUCACCAACCCUGAUUUAUCAUUCCCUUAGGACCGGAUGACCCACUCCCAGAAUUCUGAGCGAAUCACAGAUAGCCCCUGCCUUGUAGAGCAGGAAGUUUCAGCCAGGCUGGAGUGUCCUCCCUCCCCCCUCCAGCCCUGGCAAAGACCCUCAGCUCACCACAGAUCUGUAGCCAAUCAGAAGAGGGGAAGAGAGAGCCCCUCCACAGCCAUACACAAAUAGUUGAGUCUCCUUUCAGAGCCAACCUCCUCAAGUUACAGCCCUGGAAAUAACUUCUGGGCAUUAAGCCCUACAGGGACUGGGAUGGUAGGGAGCCACCCAUAUCUAUACACCACCUCUAUUACCCUUCUCUGCGCCUGCCCCCAUCUCAGGGACCAUGACUUCUCAUCCACACCCUGCUUCCUCAGGCCAGCCCUGAUACAGGUCACAUCUGCAUCCUGUAGAAUGUUCUGGGCAAGUGCCACCAACCCAGGUCCCAGUGUCCUUUCUUUUCCUCCUUCACCAGGGACUGCCCAUGAUUCUUAGCCCAUGUUGGGUAUUAUUAAAUUGAGAUGGGGAUGAGGAAGAAGUUCCUUCUUUCCUUCCUCCCUUAUAAAAUACCUGCUCUUUACCUCCUACCUUGUGGGUUGCUCCUGAGGCUCCACUUGAGUCAGGGGUUCAAUAUGUUAGUUUAAGACUUCAGAAAGUCAAGUUUCAGCUAAGAGAUACCUAGGUCCCCAGCUUGCCCUCAGCAGUCCUUCAGGGCUUCUGGUUCCUUCUACCGCUCUUUCCCAGACCCUAGAAAUCAAAGGAGCCAUACAAUCCAGUGGGAGGCGGUAGCCCUGGCCUCUGUGCCUGGGGCCCAGUGGGAACCUUCAUGCCUUAUCUCUUUGUAAUGGGAAAGGGGUUUUAUUAACAAGCAUGUCUGACAUACCUGGACAAGCCACCUUGCUCCAGGUGGCACUGUGAUGCCAGCUGGCAGCUGGGUCCUUCUGUUCAUGUAACUUGGAACCUUUUGUCCUCUGGGGCUGAGCACUUCCAGGCCCUCUGUAUGUCUCCGUCAUCUGGGGGGUGUUCACUCCCCAGCUCUGUAGCAGCUGACCAGUGUCACCUUUGAAGUAUACAUGAGAGAAAUAUAUUUACAAAUGCUUUAUUCUCUUCUUUAAUAAAAAAUGCAGCAGUAUUCUAAAAGCA